CUGACAUGCGAUGAAUUCCGUAUUUGUGCCGACUGAACUGAUCCAUUUGACAGUAGACACAAAUCACACCGCUUGCAGUUACAGAACUUGGUGCAGCGAAAUAGAAAAUAUUUUAAUACAAAAAUAAACAAUGUCCAAGUACAAAGAUCUCGCUAAAUUGUCUACAACCUAUGCCCGUCGGAUGAACCACCUCUCGAACAGAAUCUUCGGUGAAGUGACGCGACCCACCAACUCCCAAUCGAUGAAAGUGGUUAAAAUGUUCAGCGAAGAGCCGAUCCAGCGUAGAGACUACGUGGUCAACUGGUACCCGAGGCAUGUCGAAACCAAUUUGCUAGCACUGAAGCUGCGAGAGUACGGACUGUUCCGCGACGAACAUCAGGACUUCAAAGAGGAGAUGGCUCGAUUGCGGGCACUGCGUGGCAAAGCUCCCCCUAAGAAAGGUGAAGGAAAACGAGCGAAGAAAUAGUUUGCUUUCUUUCGUUAAGUGAAGAAACAAUUUGUAAGCUAGACUCCUAGAUAUUAAACAAAUUAUUUCACCUGUUCACUGGAAGUUCACUCGAAACAUUCAUAUGCCUAACAACUUGAUUGAAGUGGAAGAACAAAAAAAUAAAGUCAUAUUGCUUCUCUUGUCA